AAAAGUUUCCCCUUGUUUGAGGGAAAAGCGGCCGGAACAUGCCCUGGGCCCACACACUGUCCCUCCGCUGUACCGAACCAACACCGGAGCUUCCGGCAGAGAGGGGGGUGGGAGUAACAUGAUCGUGCAUUUGAAGAGCAGCCCGCGCUGCCAAUUAGGCCGCUUCAUUAUUAAGUAAAGGCGGGGCCUGAGACACAAAUGACACAACCCUCAACCAAUGGAAGACGCACGAAAUGUGCCAUCCACCAAUCAGGCGGCGGCACCGUGAGGUUUGUGUCGCCCACGGUGUUCACUUGAAUUCCAGUGCCGUCCAUUAAAACAUCCGACUUGGAAAAACGGCAGGUUUAAAGUGGCUCCGGGAUUAAAACCACACCGCGGCGGAAGCGAGCAGAUGCCGAGGACCUUCCAGGAAUAAGGCUUACAUCUCGCGGAGCUCUGCCGUAUGAGUGAGGCACGCGUCCGGAGCAGCGCCGCGGCUGCCUGCAGAGCCUGCCGAAACGGAACAAUCGCUGGAUAAUAAUCGGUCGGUGUCGGUCGGCGGAACGCGGCUCCUGUCGCUGAAUCUGCGACGCGUCUCGGAUGCGAUUGCGCAGCCAUGGGUCCGGCAGGCUGCUCCCACGUGAACGGCUUCAAAGUGGAGAACUGGAAGCAGAACCUGCGCGUCAUUUACCAGUGCUUUGUGUGGAGCGGCUCGGCCGAAACCAGGAAACGCAAGGCGAAGUCAUGUAUAUGUCACAUGUGUGGUGCUCACCUGAACCGGCUGCACUCGUGUCUCCACUGCGUCUUCUUCGGCUGCUUCACGAAGAAACACAUCCAUGAGCAUGCCAAAACCAAGAGACACAACUUGGCUAUAGACCUUUUGUACGGAGGAAUAUACUGUUUUGUGUGCCAAGACUACAUAUACGAUAAAGACAUGGAGCAGAUCGCCAAAGAAGAACAAAGGAAAGCAUGGAAAUUGCAAGGCAUCGGAGAGAAAUAUUCGACGUGGGAACCUACAAAGCGAGAGCUGGAGCUGCUUCGGCACAACCCGAAACGACGGAGGAUUACUUCCAACUGCACCAUAGGUCUGAGGGGUUUGAUAAACCUGGGCAACACAUGCUUUAUGAACUGCAUUGUCCAGGCUCUGACACACACCCCACUGCUGAGGGACUUCUUCCUCUCAGACAGACACAAGUGUGAGAUGCAGGCCAACUCCUGCCUUGUCUGUGAGAUGUCCCAGCUUUUCCAGGAGUUUUACUCGGGCCAUCGCUCUCCCCACAUUCCCUUUCGGCUGCUGCACCUGGUGUGGACACAUGCACGCCACCUGGCUGGCUAUGAACAGCAGGAUGCACACGAGUUCCUCAUCGCAGCCCUGGACGUGCUACAUCGCCACUGCAAAGGGGAUGACAACGGGAAGAAGGCGAACAACCCGAAUCACUGCAACUGCAUCAUUGACCAAAUCUUUACUGGAGGCUUGCAGUCAGACGUCACGUGUCAAGUCUGCCAUGGGGUAUCAACAACAAUAGACCCAUUCUGGGACAUCAGUUUAGACCUCCCGGGUUCAUCCACUCCGUUCUGGCCUCUCAGUCCAGGCUCUGACGGCAGCGUCGUGAACGGAGAGAGUCAUCCGAGUGGAGCUACCACACUGACCGACUGCUUACGGAGAUUUACUCGGCCCGAGCACUUGGGGAGCAGUGCCAAAAUCAAAUGCAGUGGUUGCCAUAGUUACCAGGAGUCCACUAAGCAACUGACAAUGAAGAGGCUCCCCAUCGUGGCAUGCUUUCACCUCAAAAGGUUUGAGCAUUCCGCAACUCGAAGGAAAAUCACCACAUACGUAUCGUUUCCACUCGAGCUCGAUAUGACUCCCUUCAUGGCCUCCAGUAAAGAGAGUCGGAUGAACGGACAGUACCAGCAGCCAGUAGACUCGUUAAACAAUGAUAACAAGUAUUCUCUCUUUGCUGUAGUGAAUCAUCAGGGCACACUGGAGAGCGGCCAUUACACCACCUUUAUCCGCCAGCAUAAGGACCAAUGGUUUAAAUGUGAUGACGCCAUCAUCACUAAAGCCAGCAUUAAGGACGUGUUGGACAGUGAAGGGUAUCUACUGUUUUACCAUAAACAGUUCCUUGAGUACGAGUAACCUCUCCACGCAGAUGUUGAAGAUGUUGGACCAUAAGAGUAACCGGAGAAAUCGAAGCGGAAAAGCAAAGACGGCAGUCUCACACGAGCACAGCAGGGGGCAGCAACAACAGCAAGAAAACACCACGACUACCAUAAAUUAUUCCUCGCGUAAAACACACGAAAAAACGAAUGCACAGCGACCCGGCUGAGGCAGUGCACACUUGAGUAAAGAUUAGUGAAAAGUGAUGCAAGACGGAGCUCUGUGCUGUUUUCACGCGAAAAGCGACGUCUGUUUAUCUGCUCAGCCACAGGUUUAUUUUUUUAUGCCCUUUUCCACACAUUUGAUUGGUUCUGAUGCAUUUCUGACACCGCAGCCGGCGAGGGAGGACGUUCGAUGUUAAGUGUGUUGUUGUUUUUUUUUGUUUUUUUAUUCACCUGAAUGCAAAUGCAAGAAAACGUUAUGGUACAAAAGGUUUUGUGAAAACGUCGAUAGAUUUUAAUCUUUUGUGAAUUUGAAAUACUGUAUACCUGCACAUGUCUUUCCCCAUUCGACAGGGUGAAGCGAUGGAGUGUAUGAAAACAGGCGGAGAGCGAAUACGGUCGGCACGUCGUACACAUCAGAUCUGCUUCUUCCUCACACUGCAUUCUUUUUUAUUUUUUUUUCACCGAGGGCAGGGAAAUAGUGUGUGUGUGUGUGUGUGUGUGUGUGUGUGUGUGUGUGUGUGUGUGUGUGUGUGUGUGUGUGUGUAUAUAUACCUACAUCUAUUUUUAUAAGACAUUGAACUCUCGUUUCGAUACUUCCCCUCCCCCCACCCACAUAUUUGUCUCUCUCAUAUUUCUGCUGUUUUUGUUUUUUGUUUUUUUGUUGUUUUUUUUCUCCAGGAAAUGCAGCUAUGUCUUUUUUUUUAAUUAUUAUUAGAAAAUGUAGUCAUUGUGAAAAGUUUGGAUGGCAAAAUGUUUCUCAUCGAGGGUUGGGUGAUGCAUUGUGGACAGAAUGUUCUCAUGUGGUGCAUCCUGACAUGGCUUGAUUCAGCAGUGUUAGCCCUGCUACAUGUUGCUCGGGUUGUGUGUGGGUCUCUGAUGCGUCUAUGCAGUUUGUGUGUGUGUGUGUGUGUGCGUGCGUUUGCUCACGUGAUCAAGUCCUUGUAAGUGUAUAUGUUUGUGUGUGUGUGUGUGCGCGUGUGUUUGUGUACUGAAUCAGUACUUAAACUUGGCAUGCUGUCUAAACUGGACUUUGGGAGAGAAGUGAGUUUUUAUAAAUGUUAAUCAUGUAUGUAUGUAUAGUAUGUACGUAUGUAUAUAAAACAAAUCAAUGAAAAA